UUGAGUGUCUCAACUUUGCGCCGAAAGACAACUUGCGUCGUCUGGAAACUUUGCCUCUCAGAGAAUGUUUGACACUGAAGAUGAUGCGAAUUCCAUCUUGAACAUCUAAGUGGAGGGGUACAUUCACGUCUUUUGGAAAAGGGACCCCUGUCUACAGUUAUAUUCCAUGCGAAUGACAAAGGUUGUGCUUACCUUUCCCAUACAUCGAGAAAGCCUCGCCUGAAGCAGGUUGCUUGUCAUGACCAGCCUUUUCUAAUGCUCUCCAACAAUGUGGUGAUGCAAACUGCUUCCUGAAGACAAAAGCAUCCAUCUGUCUCUCGUCUUAACUGCUUUGUGGAGAUCCCUCCAUCUAUCUCUCAUCUGUUCUUUACGGGCUACCUCAACCGUGCACUCUCUCUCAUGGCCCAUCCAUAUGAGCCCUGGCCAAGGACAGCUCCCCCUGGUGGUGGCAGCGCCGAUGACAUGAACGUGUCGUCCUGGUGGGACCUCCACCCGGGGGCCGGGAGUUGGAUGGACCUGCCGCCGGGCCCUGGGGUCGGGCUGUCGGGGAUGAGCCAGGGGGGCCCCAUGGGCCUCCAGUCAGCGCUGGGACCAUACUGCCACGAGGCCCAGCUGUGCAGCUUGCCUCCCGCCCAGCUUGGCCUGACCCCCCACCCGCACCUCUUUUCCCAGGACGGCUUCAAGAUGGAGCCCCUCGGACCUCCAGAGCUGCUUCAACAGCAGCAACAGCAGCAACAGCAGCAGCAGCAACAGCAACAGCAGCUGUACACAAUGGAGGAGCCGCAAGAGGGCGCCACUUCUGUACCUCGACCAAAGUCCCAGCGGCGAUCGGGCUCGCGGGCGUCUGGUCAGGCUGUGUGCCGGUGCCCGAACUGCGUUCAUGCCGAGCAGCUGGGCAGUCAGUCUGGCGGUGGCGAGGACGGGCGCCUGCGCAAGCACAUGCACAACUGCCACAUCCCGGGCUGUGGCAAGGCCUACGCCAAAACGUCGCACCUGAAGGCACACCUGCGCUGGCACAGCGGCGACCGGCCGUUCGUCUGCAACUGGCUGUUCUGCGGCAAGCGCUUCACGCGCGCCGACGAGCUGCAGAAGCACAUGCAGUCGCACACGGGCGCCAAGAAGUUCAGCUGCGCCGUCUGCACGCGCGUCUUCAUGCGCAACGACCACCUCACCAAGCACAUGCGGACGCACGAAUCGCUCGCCGCCAGGGAGGAAAAAAACACCCCUUUGGACGCCCUUGGAUCCCCGCCCUCCCCUCACGGGGCCCCUGCAACGGCGGACGGUGCUGAGGUCCCUCGCAAGCUCAAGAGUGAGCCGGACGCCGGCCUGGGCUCAAUGUCGGGACAGGCGGGCAAACUGAGCUAACUGCAUCUCCACAUCUCCUUUUCGCAAUCAGUGGAGAAGCAUUAGAGGCCGAAAGACAAUCAACACUUAGAGAGAGUCUUACUUUUUUUUCAGACACUGAUUGACCACUAAUGUAAAUGUUCCAAAGGUGUCUUUCUAGUACCCUUCUAUUUGGUAGUCUACUGACUCUUGGUAGAAUUGUUAAGUACAGACUGACUAUAUUGGCCAUUUUUUUUGGCAAACAUUGGUUUCUGAAUGGGACAGCGAUGAUGACUCAAGAAUGGACAAUGGUGGAAGAUGCACACGAUUACAUUACUGCUACUACUGCGGCAUUUCCUGUGGGUUUGGGUUACCAUUGGGUUACCAUUGUGUUCAAAGUGUUUUAAUACAUGUAUGAAUGCAUUUGGAAUCACCACUGCCUCUUGACAAGUUAAAGGGGAGAUCACUUUUGUCUCAGUUCUACCACAAAAUAGCAAGACCAAAAAUGACUGUCAUGAGGACUGUGAUGAGUAACAACAGACACCACUUCUCAGUCAGAGUCAAUGAUUUGUAAUAUUUUGAAGAUGCGUUUACUUGAUUGUAGAUAAAUCAAAGUCAAGUUGUGAAAGUGUGUCUCAAUAAUAUGGAUUUAAUACUAUUUAUUAUUCCUCUACACGUGACUUGAAGGAUUUAAUCUUAAGGUCAUUUAGACUCUGGCUGCCAUUGUGUACAAUAGAAGAGUUGGGAAUUGUACACAUCUUCAUAAUUUUAUGUUUUUGCAAUUUAUCAUGAUUUUGUCAAUACUAAGACUGAAAAAUGAAAGGCACAAUAUGAAAAAUAUUUCUGUAUUGAGGUCUGGAACACUGAUAUAUUUUGUAUUAACAACAUCAGCACACAUAGAGAAAAGACAGCAUCAAACUAGUGGCAUUUUCAAACAUGCAUGAUACAUAGAUU